UACAAAAAUAGAGAAGGAGAAAAAAGAGCAUGCUAAGCUACAUGGGAUGAUCCGUACAGAAAUAAGUGGAGCUGAAAUUGCAGAAGAGAUGGAGAAAGAAAGAAGGUUCUUCCAGUUACAGAUGUGUGAGUACCUGCUGAAAGUCAAUGAAAUCAAGAUUAAAAAAGGAGUGGACUUGCUUCAGAACUUGAUCAAGUAUUUUCAUGCUCAGUGCAAUUUCUUUCAGGAUGGAUUAAAAGCAGUUGAAAGUCUCAAGCCUUCAAUUGAGACACUCUCCACAGAUCUUUAUACAAUUAAACAAGCACAAGAUGAGGAAAGAAGACAAUUAACACAGCUUAGAGAUAUUUUAAAAUCAGCGCUCCAGGUUGAUCAGAAAGAGGAUUCUCAGAUUCGUCAGAGUACAACUUACAGUUUACAUCAGCCUCAGGGAAACAAGGAACAUGGCACUGAACGAAAUGGUAGCCUGUACAAGAAAAGUGAUGGAAUCAGAAAAGUGUGGCAGAAAAGGAAGUGCUCAGUUAAAAAUGGUUUUCUUACAAUUUCCCAUGGUACAGCUAACCGACCUCCAGCAAAGCUCAAUCUGUUAACCUGCCAAGUGAAAACAAACCCAGAGGAGAAAAAAUGUUUUGACCUCAUAUCACACGACAGGACGUACCACUUUCAAGCAGAGGAUGAACAGGAAUGUCAAAUAUGGACAUCUGUGCUACAAAACAGCAAAGAGGAAGCUUUAAAUAAUGCAUUCAAAGGAGAUGAUAACACAGGAGAAAAUAAUAUUGUCCAGGAACUGACAAAAGAAAUUAUAUCUGAAGUCCAGAGGAUGACUGGAAAUGAUGUGUGUUGUGACUGUGGAGCACAAGAUCCUACCUGGCUUUCAACAAAUUUGGGAAUUCUGACUUGCAUUGAAUGCUCAGGAAUCCAUAGAGAACUUGGUGUUCACUAUUCCAGAAUGCAAUCACUUACAUUAGAUGUGCUGGGAACAUCUGAGCUUUUGCUUGCCAAGAACAUUGGGAAUGCUGGGUUUAAUGAGAUUAUGGAAUUCUGUCUGCCAGUUGAUGAGAUGGUCAAACCUAAUCCAAGCAGCGAUAUGAAUGCAAGAAAAGAUUAUAUUACUGCCAAGUAUAUUGAGAGAAAAUAUGCAAGGAAAAAGCAUGCUGACAAUGCAGCUAAAUUGCAUGCUCUUUGUGAAGCAGUCAAAUCAAGAGACAUUCUUGGAUUAGUCCAAGUGUAUGCUGAUGGUGUGGAUCUCACAGAAAAAAUUCCACUGGCUAAUGGCCAUGAGCAAGAUGAAACAGCACUUCACCUUGCUGUUAGGUCAGUUGAUCGAACAUCCCUUCAUAUAGUUGACUUUUUAGUGCAGAACAGUGGCAAUCUAGAUAAGCAGACGUGUAAAGGUAGCACAGCCCUGCAUUACUGCUGUCUGACGGACAACGUUGAGUGCCUCAAACUGCUACUGAGAGGGAAGGCUUCCAUUGAAAUAGCUAAUGAAUCAGGAGAGACGCCACUUGAUAUAGCUAAACGUUUAAAACAUACUCACUGUGAAGAGUUG